AUGAAGAGUCUUCAUGCAACAGGAUUAAUGUGCCUUUCAAUGGGAUUACUUUCAUGCUGGCCAGUGACAAGUCAUGAUGUCAAAAAACUAGCCAGAACUACAGAAGCUGUAACACACACUCAAGGAAAGAGUUCUCACUUCCUGGAGAAAUGCCACUUCUCCUGCCAUGGUGCUGGAGAAGAGCCUGCCUGGAUCUCCAAGAAGGAUUGCUGUCUUGAGAGUCUCACAAGUGACCAUUCCAGUAUUACUGACAAUCAGGAGUUUUUGUGUGGGAAAGCUCAGAGUUCUUUGAGUAAAAUCCAUCUUAGCGAGAGACAGAACCAUCAGCAAGACUGUCCAAACAUUCUGGUGAAAAAUAAAGUACAAGUGUUAGCUCCAGGUGUUGACAUUCUGCAUUGCAUUUCCUACCACGAUAAUAAUAUACUGCAUAAAAGAGACAGAGCCCACAGGAGCAGUGACUGUGGCAAAGUUAUCUUUCUGGGGUCACUCCUCACCCAACAUAAUGUUUACACAGAAAAGAAGCCCUACCAGUGUAGCAAUGGCCAGGAAACCUUCAUUGACAGCCGGAGUUUAGAACUCCAUCAGCAGGUCUCCUUUGGAAAGAAGUCUCCUGUACAUAGUACACACAAGGACAACAGGCAAAGCUCCAGUGUCCCCAUUCAACAAAGCGUUCAUCCAGGAAAGAAGCGCUACAGGUGUCUAGAAUGUGGCAAGGAUUUCAGUAAGAGCUCAAACCUUCAAACUCACCAGAGAGUGCACACGGGUGAGAAGCCCUACCUGUGUGACACCUGUGGGAAAGGCUUCAGCCGAAGAUCAGAUCUCAAUAUCCACUGCCGAGUUCACACAGGAGAGAAACCUUACAAGUGUGAGGUGUGUGGGAAGGGCUUCACAAGGAGUGAACCCCUCCAGAUCCAUGAGAGAAUUCACACAGGAGAGAAGCCAUAUAAGUGUGGGGACUGUGGCAAACAUUUCAGCCGGAGCUCAAGCCUUCACACCCACCAAAGAGUCCACACUGAGGAGAAACCAUACAAGUGCAAUGUGUGUGGGAAGUGCUUCCGCUCAAACUCCAACCUUCACCAGCAUCAACGGGUCCACACAGGAGAGAAGCUAAGUAACUGUGAAGAGUGCGGGAAGUGUUUCAGUUCAGUUUCAAACUUCCGAAAACACCAGCGAGUCCAUACAGGAGAAAAGCCAUUUUGCUGCAAUGUGUGUGGGAAGGACUUUCGCCAGAGGUCAGUUUUUCAAGCCCACCAGAGAGUUCACACUGGGGAAAAACCAUACAGAUGUGAUGUGUGUGGGAAGUGCUUUAGCUGGUGGGAUGGGCUUCACAGUCACAAGAGUGUCCACACGGGAGAGAAACCCUAUAAAUGCGAGGAGUGUGGGAAAGGCUUCAGUUAUUCCUCAAGUCUGCAAUCUCAUCAGAGCGUCCACACUGGUGAGAAACCAUUCAAAUGCCAUGUGUGUGAGAAGUGGUUCGGUCAUGCCUCAAGUCUGCAGUCUCAUCAGAGCAUCCACACUGGUGAAAAACCGUUCAAAUGCCAUGUGUGCCAGAAGCGGUUCAGUAAAGCCUCAAACCUCCAGACCCACCAGAGGGUGCACACGGGAGAAAAGCUCUACAAAUGUGACACGUGUGGGAAAGCCUUUAGCCGGAGAUCCUAUGUCCAAGCUCAUCAGAUAGUUCACACCGGGGAGAAGCCAUUCAAGUGUGAGGAGUGUGGGAAGGAAUUCAGAUGGUGCUCUGCACUUAGUGCUCACCGGAGCAUCCACUGGAGAAAGAUAAAUUAUUUUUCCUAUAUUAAUUAA